GUCAUCGCCGGCGCUCCGCUAUCUCUGCGCUGGUGUCAGCGUUCGGAAGCGAAGGCGGCCCUUGGAGCUCCCGCAGGGCCGCUGCGGGUCGCUUGCGAAUCGGGCACGAGGAGUGGCCCUGGUCGCCUCCCUCCACCCCACUACUUCUUCUUCUUCUCCUCCUCCUCCUCGGGAGGGGGAGUGAGUUGCCUGCCCUGGUCGCCUGGGCUGCUCUUGGCGGCGGGCGGCUCCAGCUGGGGGAAACGUCAGCGAUGAAACUGACGAGGCGAUGCUGCCGGUCCUGACUUCCUGCUCUCGGCGAUGUCGAUUUGACAAGUCCCGGGAUCCGCUCGGCGCCGGAAGGGUUAAAGAUGAUGAGGAAGAAGAGGAAGCGCGGAGGCCCGACCGCCUGCCCAUGCAGCAGCCGACGCCCCGCCGCCGCCCCGCCGACGCUGCCGGAGUCCCGAAGAGCUGCAUGGACGGGCAUGGGGAGAGCGGCCCCUUUCUGCGCCAUCGCCUCCGCCGCCAGGGCUGAGGUGCAGCAGCAGCAGCGGCGGCGCCGUCCUCGCCCGCGCCCCCCGCCUCUGCCAGCCCUUGUUCUGCUCUUCAGCCUCGGGCUGCUUCUACACACAGGUGAAUGCCAGCUGCAAACGCCAUGUCGAAUCCAGAAGUGUACCACAGACUUCGUAUCGCUGACUUCUCAUCUCAGCUCUGCUAUUGAUGGCUUUGAUUUGGAGUUCUGCAAAGCCCUGCGUGCCUAUUCCGCCUGCACCUACCGCAAUUCCAAAGUCUGCCGAGGAAAUCUGGUCUAUCAUUCUGCUGUAUUGGGCAUCAGUGAUCUCAUGAGCCAGAGAAACUGCUCCAAGGAUGGCCCGACAUCCUCCACUAAUCCUGAAGUUACCCACGACCCAUGUAAUUACAGCGGCCGCCAGGGAGCCAGAGAACACCGUGGAGGAGAGCAAACGCCUUCCACUUACUUUUUCUGUGGCUUGUUUGGAGACCCCCAUCUACGGACCUUUAAGGAUCACUUUCAGACAUGCAAAGUGGAAGGGGCCUGGCCUCUCAUAGACAACAACUACUUGUCGGUGCAAGUGACGAAUGUGCCUGUGGUCCCAGGAUCCAGUGCUACUGCCACAAAUAAGAUCACCAUUAUCUUUAAAUCUUACCAAGACUGUACAGAUCAGAAGGUCUAUCAAGCAGUGACUGAUGAUUUGCCAGCUGCUUUUGUAGAUGGCACAACUAGCGGUGGCGAUGGUGACACCAAAAGUUUGCGCAUUGUGGAGAUAGUGAGUGGAAAAUAUGUGGAAAUGCAUGCCAGAUACAUUGGGACCACUGUGUUUGUGCGCCAGCUUGGCCGCUACUUAACGCUGGCCAUACGCAUGCCGGAAGAGCUGGCCAUGGCUUACGAAGAGAGCCAGGACCUACAGCUCUGUGUGAACGGUUGCCCCUCAAGUGAACGCAUCGACGACAGUGGGCAUCUACCUUUGCCAGUGAUGGGGCAGCCCCUCCCUCCUGGUGCUUCAGGCCAGAGCCGAUCUGUGUACACGAUGGAAAGUGCGACAGCAAAAUGCCACGAGAAGAUGCUGUUGAAGGACAUCUAUUUUUACUCUUGCGUAUUUGACUUGCUCACCACUGGCGACGCCAAUUUCACGGCAGCUGCCCAUAGUGCUUUGCAGGACGUUGAGGCUCUGCACCCCAGGAAGGAGCGGUGGCACAUCUUCCCCAGCAAUGGCGGCAUUGGCCAGGGGAGUGUGUGGUGUCUUAGUCUUGGACUCGCGUGCUUGAUGCUUGUUGUGUUUUUGUAGGGGUUUUUGUUUGUUUGAGAACAAAGGUUUUAAAAUAUAUAUUGUCAUAAUAUAUUGAGUAAAGAGUAUAUAUGUAUAUACCAUGUAUAUGAAGGGAUGCUUUUUUUGUCCUGGGACACCCAGCGGAUUGUACAUAUUGUGUUACUACCUUCCCCCCCCCCCCACCCGUAUGUUGGAUGUAAUAUUCUUUUUGAUUGUAAUAAUUUUUUGCUUUGCAGUGGUGAAACGUUUUAUAAUGUCCUUUCAUUAGGACCCGAUAGAAAGCACUUUAUUUUUUAUAUAUUAAAUAUUUAUGUGUACCUAGGUAAUCUGUAAAGCAUAUAUCCACAUGUACAUAUAUCAUAUCCAGUGCUCCCUCUAAGUAUUACCUAGCUGAACUCACAUACUUAUGAUCUUGUGUGAUCCCUUUACCCUCGAUCCUUGCCCUUCCUCUGGCAAGUUCAGACCACACAAGAAGCUGGCUGGGCAUAGAGGCAGAGGUCUGGAAGAGCCAACUCUUCUUUUUGGACCUGGGCCAGUAGCCUUUGUUUCAUAGGGGCAGCAAAGUCAUUUGCCAUCGAUCCUCAUAAUUAAAGCAUUCACCAUUGCAUCUCGUUUGUGAUGCAGAUAAUCUUUGCUUCCUUCUCUGAAGGACUUUUUAUUUUAAUUAGUGAUAUCUUGUACUUGGGUUCUAAUAUGCAAGUGCAAAAUUCACAUCUUGUCUCAAUUUAUGAAGGGCACCCAUAUAGAAAAUUGUGUCUUUCCUUCUGCCAAGUUUAUGCGAAUGGGGCUUGAAAUUUCCCCAAAACGUUCUUGGGUUUUUGGACUCAAAUCUCUUAAUAUAUUGAUAUAUGGAUGUCUUCAAGUUGUUUGUACUAAAUGUGUACCCUAUGAUAGUGGUAGGCUGUACCUGGUUGAUUUCUCUCCCUAUCCCUUUAGUUUCUAUUGAAACUAACCCCCCCCCAAAAAAAAAUUAAUUCUAAAGCUUGCACAUAAACCUUGUCUGAAAAGAAAGGCAGACAGUUUGCAAACCCAACAGUCUGAACUGUAACCUUCCCCGCCAGCAUACAUCAAUGUUUGUACUGGGGACAGUGGGUCAGGCAGGUCCAGGAACACGGCUUAGAGGAGGCUAGAGUUGCUUUGUCAUCAUUCCCAUGUCAAUUUUUAGCAAGUUUUUUUAAUUGCAACAUCUUCUAUAGGAGUGUCCAUAUUGGUCUGUUGCAACACAGAGAGACUAUCUUGUGGCCUUUUAAGACUGGCAGGUGUACUGUAGCAUCCAUUAGCUUUUGUGGCUUAGACUCUUGUUCAUCAGAUGAUGCAGGCUGUAGCCCAUUAAAGCUUAUGGCACAAUAAAUCGA